AUGACUACUCAAACAUGGAAAUUACCUCAGACAACCAAAACAAUUCCAAAAGAAGAAAUGGUAGUAACUUGGGUACAACAGGUAGAAGAAUCUACUACCCAACUGCAAUUAACCCAAGAUAUCAAAAAUAUCGAACAGAAACUUGGCAAAGUACAACGAUCCUCAAGAAAGGAUGGCAGAAGUCUCAAAGAAACUUCAAAUGAGCUUCGAUCCCAAACAAAAUUUGGUGGAUCAAUUAGUGAAGCUAUUGAUCUUACAGAAACAGAACAACCAUGUCAACCUAGUAUUGAAUUAUCUGGAUGA